CUCGUGGUCGCGGCUGCAUUGUUUUUGUUGCGUAGAUUUUGAUUCGAUUUAAUGUGUGAAACUGCCUUUGAGCCUGGAAGAAUCCUAAAAGAACCCAGGCAGGAUGUCCAUGCGGCGCCAGCGCAUCAAGGCUCCGGCCAACUUGUCGCUAAUCAAGCGCAAGCCACGCAAGGAGGAGCUAACAGCGCCGAAGGUAGAACCAGAGGAGGAGAAGGGGGCGGCUGUGGCUGAAUCCCCUACCGAUGCAACACCCCCUUCGGAAGUGGAACUCGAGACUGAUGCAAUCGCCUUUAAAAUGCCCGCCAGCUCGGCUGGGCAACUCGAGGAUGUCUUCCAUUCGGAUCUUGAGGACAAUGUCAUUCAAAUGGAUUUGCAGAAGACUGCCAAUGGCUUUCCCAUGUCCCCCAGCAAGGCGCAAGCCCGCCAGCGUGUUCGGCCUAUUCCCGUAUUUGGUCAGCGGCGCAAUAGCCUUGUGGGCUCACCAAUGGCUGGUGAUUACGAAGGAGACUACUCAUCGCCGGCCACGCCUACGCGGCGGGAGCGCUACCUCAGCGGUUCCUCGUCGGGCACACCGCAACAGCAGCAAGUGUCCUCACCCAUGCCGCCAUCACCAUAUAAAUACCUUCCGCCUGUCAUGAGUCCAGGCAUGGGUCGCAUUCGCACCGAGUCUACGUGUUCCACGUAUUCCGAAGGUGGCAGUAAGCUGCGAAAAGGCGAUGACAAGUCGCAAAACCAAGGCGGACAGCGUUUAAAUGCACGGCGAGACUUCGAGACUCGCUUUAACAAGGGCGUUCCCGACAAGUCCACUUUUAAGAUGAUGGACAUGAUUUUUUACAAUCCAGAGAACAACCCUAUGGUGCCCAAGCAGGCGGUAACGACCAUCAAGGACGAGACCAACGGCGAUGAGGCUAAGCCCUCGAUGGCUCAGCUGCUGGAGGCUAAGGGAGAGUCCACAACUGCCAUGUUGGUCCCUCAACUAAAGCUCGAUGCCAAUGGCGAGAUGAUAAUUGAUGAGAAAACCCUUGAAAUCGAGACCACAGCGGAGGUAGAAGCCCGCAAAGUGUUGGCCAACUCUUCACUUAUUCUAAUGGACGAAACAACGGGUGAUAAUGGAUUCUAUAAACGCCACAAACGUACGCCCUACUGGACGUCCGAUGAGACAGUCCGUUUCUAUCGAAGCCUUCAGAUCAUUGGGACAGAUUUCUCGCUGAUGUGCCAAAUGUUUCCAACUCGUUCUCGUCGAGAUCUCAAGCUCAAGUAUAAAAAAGAAGAGCGCACCAAUGGACAGUUGAUCAACAAGGCGCUACUCUAUCCUAAAGCUUUUAACAUCCAGGAACUCAAGGAUCAACUUGAGGAAGAGGAUCGCGAGCGGGAGGAAAAUGAUCGCCAGUGGAGGGAAAUUUCCCGUGCUGUUCCGGGCAACCCUAAAAAGCGUGCGCGAAUGCAGCAACAAAGUAAGGCAUCUCGAGCUCUGAACGAUGGUGAUGUUGUAUAUGAAAACGAGCACGUGACAAAUAAGAAGCUUAGCAAGCAGGCCUGGUCCAAAAGACGCAAGGAGUUGGAGACCGAUGAGAAUGACGGAAGUGCAUCUGCCAAAAGAAAACCCAAGGCUAAACGACGGAGCCCUAAAAGUGUGGAAGCAGAAGGACAGACAGAUCUGGCGGACAUUAAACAGGAAAAAGCCAUUAAAACUGAACAAACAGGAAGCCAUUUACCAGCAGGGGGAGAGCUACAGGCUGAACUUAAUGGACUUCUGAUGGAUGAUCCGAUGGAAUUCGAAGAAGCUGUAAGCAAGCCACGUGAUAAAACUAUCACCAAUAUGGAUGACGGUUCCCUUACCUAUGUAAGCGACGUCGAAUCCGGAAUUGAGACUCCUAAUCGACGACCGGAAACAUAUUUAAUUAACUUUUUUGAAGACCAACAACAUAGUCACGAAGUUAUAACUCCUGAUGACCCCAUUCCGCCCACCACUACAGAACCUGAUAUCGAACAAAUUCUCUCCGAGCUGGCUGAGGGAUCUUUGGCCCUCGUAUCGUCCUUAGAUCCAGAGCACGAGGAUCGGGUGCUCAACGAAAUCUACAUGCUGGACAAAAAGACGGGCGAGUUGUGUGAAACACCGCUGAAUAUACCAGAGCAUAUUGUUCAAUGCAUAAUGGAUGUUAUGCAGUUAGAGGACUAAAAUCAUUUUAUAUAUUAUGUUAAGUGUAUUUGUUAAUAAUUAUAAUUUAUUAAAGCAUUUCGCUAG